AUGGAAAGAGUUGAGGAAAGUGACGUUGUGGAUUGCAUUGAGUGCUGCGAAUGCGCCGUUCCUGUCGGUACGGACGGCCCUCAGCGUGCUGCUCUGUUGCUUCCUUGUCAACACGUAAUGCAUUUGAGUUGCAUUGAAUUCGCAAAGCGUCGUAUGAAGCUGCUGAAGCUGUACGAGGACGCCAAACCGAAUAGUUUUCCACACGAUAUAGUUUGUCGGGGAUGCCAGCAACCCGUGAACGGUGUGAUUCCUUUAUUCACAACGAGUGGAACGCUUUCACAACCCUCUGCGGACGAGGAUGCCGCUAAAAGUGAGUUUGAACUCAUUCACCAUGCUCAAAAACAAUAUUUGAGGCGUCUCCAACGCAUGCUUCGUCAGAAAGCCAACGUUACGCGAUUAAGCCAUCAGUGUGCGGCCUUGCACAUCCAACGUACGGAUUACUUGAGGGAUGUCGAUCAGCACAACCAGCUCUUUCCCAAGCUCAAACCGAUGGAUUUAAAUUCCUCUGCGCAAGGAUCGUUUGCCGCGCUCUCGUUUAACAACAUGACCACCACGGAGCUCGAGCUUUAUCUCAUGCAAACGAUGCCGGCGCUGAAUGAAACACAAACCACCUUGCUGGAGAAGCGGCGGGUGGUGGAAAAGCACAGACAAACACUCCUCGCCCUGAAGGAAAAGUACCACGCGAGGAAAAAGGCUGUGCGGUUAGAACAAAAGAACCCCUCGACCUCGUUGGAGAUUUCGCAGCCAAGUCACACCCCGCAGCCUGCCGCGUUUCAAGGGGAUGGCGGGGAAUCCACCGGGCGGGUGUUGAGCUCGCCAAACGACGCCGCGGUGCCCCUUUCCGCGCGUUCAUCGCGAAAGCGAUGCGGGGAUGCGGUUUUUGUCGACGUGGAUGAGGAUGAGGAGUCGAUUACGUCGAGGCGGGAGGGAGGCAGUAUGAGGAGGUUGAACAAUCCGGGAAGCCGCGAUCGCCGGCAACGCCUUUCUCAACCGGACCUCGAGACGGUCGUGGUAUCUUCUGGUGAGGAGGAUGACGACGAUGCAGAUGUUGUGGAGUGUGGGGAUAAAAUUCCCACCGCGAGGGUCGCGAAUAAUCAUCCGAUGGAAGAGGUAGACUAUGAAAAAGAAACCUCCUCCGCGAUGCUCUUUCCGAGGUGGGUUGGCGGACGAGAUACGGAGGCAAAAGUGCAAAUGAGGCAGCUUCAGCUGCUCCCUCGUCGGGAAAAUUAUCUCUGGCAGUCCUCCCUUCCAUUUUGA